AUGCCGCACUUCGACCAGCUCGACGCCCCCAAAAAGGGCAAGCCCAUCAAGUCUGCUUUUGAUAGUGAGAGCUUCGACGCCGACGGCACGAUCCAUGUGGCCGGAUUGGUGGGAUCAGCGACAAUCUCACCUUCUGGUAGGGAUGUCGCAUUGGCAUCGCCCGAAGGCUUGUCCAUCAUUGACUUGGACUCGCCAUACAACCCUCCCCGCCGACUCAGCAGCCAUGGCUCACCGUGGCUUGUCACCGACGUUCAGUGGUCUCCUUUCGCAGCCCGCGACUACUGGGUCGUCUCCACGGCUAAUCACCGUGCACUGGUGUGGAAUCUCAACUUGCGAGACGAUUCAACCUCUGGAGCUAUCGAGCACUCCCUCCAAGGUCACAGCAGGGCCAUCACAGACAUCAACUGGGCCGCACAUCAUCCCGAUCAGCUCGCGUCGUGCGCUGUCGAUGGUUACGUCCACUGCUGGGAUCUCAGGCGCCCAAGACAACCUGUGCUGACCUUUUGUGACUGGUUUGCCGGCGCCACGCAAGUCAAGUACAACCGUCAGGACCCGCACAUUCUGGCCUCAUCCCAUGACAGGUGGUUGCACAUCUGGGACGAGCGACGGUCGUGCGAGCCUCUGAAGUCCAUCAGCGCGCAUACCUCCAAGAUCUACGGCAUUGAUUGGAACCGAACCAGGUCCACGGGCAUCGUCACAUGUUCCUUGGAUAAACACAUCAAGUUUUGGGACUACGGCAGCGACCAGGAUGUUCCAGAGCGUGUCAUACGCACCGAGUUCCCGGUGUGGCGGGCUCGUCAUACCCCUUUUGGCUGUGGCCUCCUGGCUAUGCCUCAGAAUGAACCAGGCGAUCUGUAUCUGUACGACGCGCGACCGCCUCCCAAGGAUCCCGACGAUGGACCGACGGAACCGGUUGCGGUCUUCCCUGGGCACGGCAACCACAAGGCCAAGGAGUUCUUGUGGAGAAGUAGAGGGGGCGUAACCGAUGACGGCUUGGACGAGAGAGAUUUCCAACUGGUCUCUUGGGGCGAGGACAAUGAGCUGCGGUUACAACAUGUCGACCCGUCCAUUCUCGAGGCCGUGGGCUACGUCAAGGGAAUGCCGGCGAGGAAAAAUUUGGUCCUUACACGCAAAGGUGCUGCCUACAAGACGUUCCGGACGGUUGAGGACAGCGUUAGCCGAGACCGAAGGAGUGCGACGAUGAGCGACCCUCGGAACAGCGCACAAUAUCGGCAGAGCGCCCUGACAUUGGGUAUGCGCUCAGGGCCGACUACAUACUCUAAGCUUGGUGCCGCUUGGAAAGGUUCCUCCAUGAAAGCUAAGAGUGCCUCUAAAGAGAUGGACCGCAGUCAGGCGCAUAUCGGCUGGAUGAAGGGAAUCAUGAUGAACAAGAGAAAGGCCUCCACCGACAGUCCCCGAAGGGCAGAUUCGAAAGACUCAAGCAUGUUCAGCCCUGGAUACAUGGACGACGACAAGUGGGGAGAUCCGGAGACCAUCCAGGAAGAGUUCCUGCGCAUCAGCAUGCAGCUUCCCAAGGUGAAGUGGGAGCAUAUUGAUAUGGACAACCUGACGCUCAACGCCUCGCUCAAUGGUCCAUGGGGCCCCCAUGGUGAAACCAUCUUCAUCAAGGUCACUGUUGACAUUCCUUCCAACUACCCCAAAGUCAAAGCUCCGAGGUUCUUCAUCGAAAAGACUGGCUUCAUGUCGGAGAGGACGCAUAGGAAGAUUGAGCACGAGAUCCACGAGCUUUGUCAGCAGUUCCUGGAGCGAAAGCAGAAUUGCUUAGACGUUGCGUUCUCCUACCUCUUGGGCGAAAUCGACCUUGCAGCGAGUACGAAUUUCUUCAAAAACGUCAAGGACCUCGACGACCCCUAG